AUGUCGACGACGGAGUGUUCGGACCUCGGGGAGGAGUUCUGGCUGCCGGAGGAGUUCCUGGACGACGACUUCUUCUCCGAGGAGGAGAAGGCGGCCGUGGCCGCCAGGAGCGAGAGCGACGAGGAGGACAGCCUGGCGGGGCUCUCGCGCCGCCUCGCGGGCCUCCUCGGCAACGACGGCGAGCGGAAGCCGCCUACCGCUGCCAAGGCGGAGGUGACGGUUGGGUCUCCGCAGUCCACGCUCUGCGGACUGCCCAAGUCGGGGCAGGAGAGCCCCAACGGCGGGGCGUCCAAGGGCACGUCGCCGCCGUCGUCGCCGCUGGAGCAGAAGCCGGCCGACCCCUGGGACCUCCUGUACGAGGCGGCCGGCCAGGUUGCUCGCAUGCGCGCCGCCAUCAGCAUCCCGGUUCCGGCCAACAACGCUUACGCCUUCAACGGCGGCCAAAGCGGUUUCGCGCCGCCGGCGCGCAAGUCUUCGCUACCGCCAAUUGCUCCGCCCUCCGCAAAGGUCCCUGCCGGCGGCGCGCACUACCCCCCGUUCGCGCACUUGGUCUCGCAGCGCCAGAUGCAGGCUGCACAGUUCCAUCUGCUGAAGCAGCAGCAACUGCUCAAGCUGCAGAGGGAGCGCCAGCAGCUUGCCGCCUCCGCGGCGUGGAGCGCUCGCCAGGGCGCCUCUGCCAAGCCCGUCGGCUGCGGCGGUGGCGGAGGCGACGCGCCGCUUGGUCUGCACCCGGCGGCGUGGCCCCCGCUUCAGAAGCCGCAGCAGCACGCGCCGGCGCCGCCUGCCUUGGGCAUGCGUGCCGUGUUCCUCACCCCGCCUGGCGCCAAGCGCGAGCGUAACGGCACUGGGGUGUUCCUCCCCAGGCCGGCCGGCGCCCCUGCGGAGCCGAAGAGGAAGACAGGGUGUUCGACGGUUCUUGUCCCCGUUCGCGUCGUCCAGGCUCUCAACCUCAACCUUGAAGACCUCGGCGCCCAGCCUCGCUACCCUGGCGGCUUCGUUCUCGAUCACGAUGCCUUGAUUACUCGGAGCAACGCCAUGCUCGCGAGCCAGAAGCGCUGCGCUGCCGCACCCGUCGCCGCCGCGCCGGCACUGUGCCACAGUUCUUGA